AGGAAAAUAUUUUUCUUUUGUGUUACCUGAGAAAUUUUCUAGGGUUUUUUUUUUUUUUUUCUUGUUUGGUUUCUGUUGAAGUGCUUUCAACAAUGGCGAAAUCAACGCUUCUUCUCCACCCGCAAUUCUUCCACACACUUGUCCCUGGCUUCCACACUCACCUCAUGAUUCCUGUAGACUUCUUCUCUAUGUAUGUUGAAGGAAAGAGGAGUGUGGAGAAGACGACGGCUGAGCUGAAAUCUGACUCGUCGGACAUAACCUGGAGAGCGAAGAUGACUGGUCGGAGACUCAGUGACGGCUGGGAAGAGUUUGCCGUCGCUAAUAACUUUCGAACCGGCGACGUCGUCCUUGUCAGAUAUGAAGGAGAUUUGGUCUUUCAUGUUUCGGAUUUAGGACCAAAUUGCUGUGACGUAACGUUUCCAAGUAACAAGGAUCAGAACAACAACAACUGUGACUUUUUAUUGAAAAAGCAUAAGCAUCCAAGAACAGAUGUUGGUGAUGAUGAAGAGGUUCCUAAGAAGAAGAAAGUCAAGAAGAAGAAUAGUGUUGAUGAAACAGAAGCGGAUUCUUCUUCAUUAGACAACUCUUGUUUUGUGGCCAAUGUCACGGCUUCGAAUCUAUGCACAGAUACACUGUAUCUUCCACAACAUUUCACAAGCUCAAAUGGCAUUACAAUAAAAUGCCGCAAGAUUGUUUUAAUAGAUGGAGGGGAAAGAUCAUGGGCAUUGGAUCUGAUGUUGGACGAAACAUCUGAUACUUUUUACAUAAGCCGAGGUUGGAGACGUUUCUGUGAAGAAAACGGUAAAAAAGCAGGAGGCUUCUUUACGUUUAAACUAGUGGGGAACGGGGAAACUCCUGUGCUCAGUUUCUCCCCUACAGAAUCUAUCGAUAAUAGAAGGCCUAGAGACUGUUCUGAAGCUACCGGCAGAGUAUCUCUUUCCACAGAACUUAGUAACAAGGAAGCGGACAUAGAAGGGGAGAGGAAUGAAGACGAGUGCAGAAUACUGGAGACAGAAAAGAAGAAACGGAGAGUUUUAUCAUAUGCAUCAUAUUCACCAUGUCGUAAGCGAUUCGUAACAUUUACACUUCCACCUGAUUAUGACAGAAUUCGUAGAUUGACUCUUCCAAAGCCAUUCGUGAUGGAGAAUGGCAUCAACAAGGGUGGGGAGAUAUAUCUGUUGGGUAAAGAUGGUAGAAAGUGGCCAACAAGCCUUCUGCUGGACAAGACAGGACAAAUGAGGUGGAGAAAGGGUUGGAAAGAAUUUGUUAAAGGAAAUGGCUUAGAGUCAGGCUUCACGCUCAAGUUGAUAUGGGAAGGCACAACUCCUGUGUUUAGUUUGUGCUCUGCAGAAUCCGCCAGUGACAGAGAGGAAAAAGAGUUUUCAAAAGCUGUCGAGAAACAGUCUAUUUUCAAAGAUCCUAGCAAAAAAGAUAAGAUCGGAAAAGAUGAGAAUAAGAAAGAGGAGAGGAGGUCAAUGGAGAGAGGGAAGGAUCAUCUGAGAGGGAGGAAUUCAACUGCAUCGAGCCAAGAUCAAUUUUUGUCAUUUACAAUUACACCUUAUAGUGUUGAAAAGUGUAUACUGCCUCUUCCAAGGAAAUUCACGAGAGAGAAUGGCAUCAACAAGCCUAGGAUGAUUACUCUUCUGGGCAAAGACGGUAUAAAGCAGCAGACGAAAUUGCUAUUCAGCAAAGGAAAAAAAGCGGCUUUGGGAAACGGAUGGAAAUCUUUUGUUAAAGCAAACGGCUUAAAGAUUGGCGACUCUUUCACGCUCAAGUUGAUUUGGGAAGAAACAACUCCUAUGCUCAGCUUGUGCCAUGGAGAAUGUAGCAUUGACCGAGGAGAAUCUUCAGAAACAGACCAGAAAAAUUCUCUUCCCAUAGAACCUAGUAGCUGUGAGAAAUUAAGCAAAGACGAGAACAGUAAAGUGGAAAACAAGGAGACCAUGUCAAUGGAGAGAGAGAAGAAUCAUCUGAGAGGAAGGGAGUCAACUCCAUCGAGCCAAAAACAAUCUGUGACAUUAACAAUGACACCUUAUAGUGUCAAAAAGUGUAUACUGCGUCUUCCAAAGGCUUUCACGAGGGAGAAUGACAUCAACAAGCAUGCGAUGAUUAUUCUGUUAGGGAAAGAUGGCAUUAAACAUCAGACGAAAUUGCUGUGGGACAAAGGAACAGGAAUAAUGACUCUGGGAAAAGGCUGGAUGGAUUUUGCUAAAGCAAACGGGUUAAAGACUGGCAACUCCUUCACGCUCAAGUUGACAUGGGAAGACACAACUCCUGUGCUCAGCUUGUGCCAUGCGGAAUGUAGCAUGGACAGAGGAUCAGGAGGAGAAUGUUCAGAAACAGACCAGAAAAAGUCUCUUCCCAUAGAACCUAGCAGCUGUGAGAAAAUAAGCAAAGACGAGAACAGUAAAGAGAAAAACAACAAUGAGGCAAAUAAGAAAGAGGAGACCAUGUCAAUGGAAAGAGAGAAGAAUCAUCUGAGAGGGAGGGAUUCAACUCCAUCGACCCAAAAACAACUAAUGACAUUAACAAUUACACCUUCCAGUUACUCAAAGUGUAAACUGACUCUUCCAGCACAAUUUGCGAGAGAGAAUAGCUUGAACAAGCCUGGAAUGAUAGAUCUGUUGGGAAAAGAUGGUAAAAAGUGGAUGGUAAAUCUUGUACAGGAUGGAGACGGAAGAAUGAAUUUGGGAAACGACUGGAAAGAAUUUGCUAAAGCAAACGACUUAAAAACAGGCGAGUCUUUCAAGAUGGAGUUAAUAUCAGAAGACGGAACUCGUAUGCUCAAAUUGGUCCAUUCAAACCCUAACAGUUCAAAAGCCAACGAGAAAGAGUCGACAGAACCUAGAAGCAGAGAUUCAUCCUCAGCAAUCCAAAACCGAACCUUGACAUUAACACUCACACCUGAAGACGUCAGAGCCUGUAUACUGCAUCUUCCAAGUCAAUUCAUGAAGGCUAAUGGCAUCAACAAACUUGGAGAGAUAACUAUUUUAGGUGAAAACAAAGUGGAAUGGUCUGCAUAUCUAUUGUCCAUCAGAGAUGGAACUGUUGCUUUAGAAAAUGGUUGGGAUGAGUUUUGUAAAGCUAAUGGCGUGAAGUUAGGAGAAUCUUUCACUUUGGAGUUCGUUUAUGAACUUAACACAAGCAUUGUACUCAAGUUUUGUUCUCGGUAGACUUAAUACGAAAUUGACUUUUAAAAA